AUGAGUCACCCACGUGACCGCCUUCCCCGCACCUCCCCGCCACCCCCUUCCAAAGCCCAUAACAGAGCCUCUGCUCCCCCCUUCCCCUCGACCUCCGUCGUCCACAAAGAGCCCGGCAUCCUCCUCCCUCCCAGCCACUUCGCCGUCGUCGAGCCCGGUCUCUACCGUUCCAGCCUCCCCACCCCGCCAAACUUCCCUCACCUCCGCUCCCUUUGUCUCAACAGAGUCAUCAUCCUCUCCGCCGAGCGCCCGACUCGCGCCGUCGCCAACCUCUUCGAAGCCAACGGCAUCAAAGUCUCGCACACCGGUCGCAGCGCCUGGAUCGCCGAGAAUUCCUGGAAACCAAUCUCUGAAGAGGUCGUCAAAAACUCCUUGGAGAUCAUCCUUCGACGCGAGUGCUACCCGAUCCUGGUCUGCGAUGUCGGCGGCAUUCAUCUCGUCGGCAUGCUCAUCGGCUGUCUGCGACGCCUCCAGAAUUGGAACCUGAACUCCGUCGUCAGCGAGUACCGCUUCUUCGCAAAGGCGAAGACCAGAUACGCCAACGAGCAGUGCAUCGAGCUCUUCGAUAUCGAUCUAGUCACCAUCCCGGAUGACCCGCCGCAAUGGUUUGCAGACCAGCUUGAGAUGGAUUGCCAGGAGAGGCAGGAAUUUGAUGCCCUCAUUGCGGACGGACGGGUCGAUCAGUCCGGUACCAUGCGAGAUGACGAGAAAGCACCGCCUUAUCUCGCCUAUCGGUACAGCUCCUCGGGGCCGCUCAAUUCUCAGAUCGGCGGCACAGAGCCUAGGGUCCAGAUUUUGUGAUACCUUCCCGUUUUUUUUCUCGCGUGCGUGGAUGUAUUUCUUGCUGUUUUGAGCUUAGAUCGUGUUCACUUGCAACCACUGCAUGAGGACUGCAUUUGGAGAGAGUCCUGUGGGGUUGACAGACCGCAGUCCUGCUUGUACCGGUGGCCAGAACGUGCUUCUACAUAGUUUCCUUUGUUUCUCUCCUUUGUUUCUCUCUGUGAUUGUCAGCCCUAGCACUAGCAGCAUUGUUUCGACUUUUGUAAGCCUGUGUCUAGCUGCAAGAACAACGUGCAGCUUGUCGUUCAGUGUAAUGCCUUUUUCGUCAGUCUUCAGUGGUGAAGACAAGUGUGUAGACGUAAGGUUUGUAUCAACAGGACAGGUUGCCCCAAUUGAAUUCCAAAAAAGCUGUGUAGCGGAGGCAGACAAGUGAGGCCGUGAUGAAUGUUAUAUCAAUCGUCAUGGAAAUCUUGCGCACCUAGCACUUGUGCUAUUCUUCUGCCAUUAAAGAGUCGUCAAUAAGUACCUAUGAACUGCGCUUGCUUUUACCAAUAAAAUGCAGAAGGCAGAUGUCACAGAAAUGCCGUAAAA